CUUUCUCGCCUAACCAACUCUCAGGCCUCCUGCGCACAUCGGUUGACUGAUUGCGCGCGGCGUGGUCAGUUGGAAAAGGAACACCGAUCUUGUUUUGAGAGUGAAGUAUUUAGGAUGCGCACGCAGGCAGCUUCUGAUGAUUCACGGCCCCAGCCAAGCCCAAAUCUUAUCUCAUCCUUUGCGGGAGGAUCGAAGGCAGUGCAGGGCUCCUUCCUACCUUAGGGUAGAUCUCGCAUAUUCUUACUGUACCUACGCCCGUCUAGAAUAAGCACCGCCAGCUUACGACCAACAAUCUGAAACCAUCGCUAAAUCUCCGAAAAAAGCGUACUUUUUAUAAGCACUGAUAUGCAUCCCAACUGCAAGUGCGAAAGCAACCGAGAAUUCCAACAAACUCCGUUUCUUCCAGAACAUCGCGAUUAUCGAGAUAUCAUGGCCGGCGCCAGUAGGCGGAGUGCUGGUUCUAUUUUCCUUCUCAUAGCGUGCGCCGCAUGUAUACCUACGAGCAACAAUCAAGGGAACCACAACGAAGGCGUCGGAAAAUGCUCAUUUAAUCUCACGCAACAACAGCGUUGCGACAGAACGUACGGAAACGUGAUCAACUACGUCGAAAUCAACACGAUCCGCGACUCCUCGAACAACAUCAUCGUUGACGUGAACAGGCAACUGCCUCCCGGGUCGCAGAACAGUUCGAAGAAUCUCAACCGGGGCCCAUGGACCAUCUUCGGGCUUCCGAACUACAAAGACCUUACGGUCCAAGUUGAUACGCAAGAUUUUCGGGGCAUGGAUCGGGGUUAUCCGUAUGUCUAUUACGCGACCAAGGAUGACGAACUGAGAUUCUCGCAUGAUGGACUUGAAUGGACGACGAAAAGGGAACUGCAGCUCGAAGGGAGGAGUGCGUGGUGUCGAAGUGAGGGCUGGGAUGACGACGAGUGGACUUGUGCACUGGAUGCACAGUCAAAUAUUAGGGACCGGCUGUUGACUUGCUACUUUUCCUGUUCUUGAUUCUGCGGGGCAGUGACGGGUUACGAUAUUGCGAACAUUCACUGCGAAGCAUCGAGGAAAUACACUAGAGAUGAUCAUGAUCGACACCGUGAACUGUAUGCAUAUGUAAGAGAAUGGAAAGAGCCGACGGAGGAAUGAAAGUGCAUUUGAUACCCAGGCAUAGACAAUGGAAUAGUAGAGGCGGAGCUGGCAGGUCAUUAAGACAAGGGACCUGUGGCAAGCAGUUCAAUGUUUGUGACUAGUUUUCAAUGAUUCUAGUGCGUUACUCUCCCCUGUCUCGAAUUGCUUAAAGUUGCAGUGGCGCAGUCCACGAUUCGAUAAAAAGUAC